AUGGCUAGCUAUGACACUCUCAAUCCCAAUCACUCCACUCCCUCUCACCCAAAUUACUCUUCAACUGGGUACAACAACCCCGACUCUGGCACCAAUCCUUACGGGUCUGGAGAUCCCUACUAUAGCCAGUCCACUGGAUACAUUACACCACUCCCUUCGAAGAAGGGUACCAAUCCCUGGGUCAAGUUCGGCAUACCCAUCGGUAUACUCGUUGUCAUCGGUGCAAUUGUCGGUAUAGUCAUUGGUAUCAAAUCUCACAAUACAAACAAUUCUGGGAGUAAAUCUGCAGAAGAUGCCGCUACCUCAGCUGCAAGCGCAAAAUUAGCGCUCGGACGGUAUGCUACUGCUACCAAUAGCGAGUUUAUGGUUCCUAUAUACCCUUCUACGACAAACACUGCCGUUUUUACACAACCCACAUUCCGACAGUCGUCUAACAAGGCUAUCACAUGGCCUGAAGACCCUUUCAAACCAUCCAAUCCCAGUCCUCUUAACGUUCGAGCAGAUCGACCUCGUCUUAUGGCUCCUGCCUAUAUGUGGGAUGCACUUCCCGACUUGAUCAAGAGCGACCCGUACCUCAAGGGAUGGAACGAGACCAUCUUUUUGAAUGCCUCCAGCUGGCUCAACUUGGACCCCGUCAAAUAUGAUAUGGAUGGUCCCAGUGGUAUCUUGGACAAUGCGAGGGAGAUAAAGGCGAGGGUCAAAGCCUUUGCUUAUGUUUAUCGUGUAACUCGCGAUACGAAAUGGGUUGACCGUACCUGGUUGGAGAUUAAGAACGCUGCAGGGAAUGGUACCACAGCUUUCGGGCCCCAGGUGGAUAAAUGGAAUACCCCUCAUUUUCUCGAUGCUGCUGAGUUUGCUGCUGCUUAUGCCAUUGCCUAUGAUUGGCUUCACGACGUCUGGACGGACGAGCAGAAGUCGCAGAUGCGGUUCACACUCAACCAGUAUGCUCUUGCACCCGGCGUAGCUGCCUAUACCGAUCCUAAAGUCUCCUUCGGAUGGUGGAGAAACAACAUUUUUGGUAACUGGAACUGUGUUUGCAACGGAGGGUUGACCUUGGCGUCUCUGGCCAUUCUCGGGGAGGACGAGACUAACAAUGCUCAGACUUUGUUGAACCUCACAGUUGAAAAUGCGAAGCAGAACUGCGCAAUGGCCGUCACGACUGAUGGUACAUGGAAAGAAACAGCCAACUACUGGUACUUCGGAACAACAGGUCAUGCUGAGAUGACUUCCGCUUUGAUGACCGCCACUGGCUCGCAUUAUGGUUUGGCCGAUGCGAACCCCGACUAUUCGAAAACCGGGGACUACCACAUGUACGCAUAUGGCCCCACCUCACUGUUCGACUGGGGUGAUCACGGUCCCAACAAAUUCUCCUCCACUGCCAAUUCCAUGAUGUUGUAUGCCAAACUGUAUAAUCGACCCGAAUUCGCGCUCUUUCAGCGCGAACAACGUGAUGCCGCAGAGCCGUGGAGCAUGUUUUGGUAUGAUCCCCUUGUCAGCGGGGCUUACUGGGACAACCUACUUCUGGAUGCUUUCUUCAAUGACGACCUCGAUCAAUGGGUCUCGAUGAGGAGUAGCUGGACGGACCUCAAUGCACUUUUUGUCGCCAUGAAGGCAGGCACAAACCAAAAGCACGAAACUCAUAACGACCUAGACGUUGGCGAUUUCGUUCUCGAUGCGCUUGGUACGCGAUGGGCGGGUGAAUUCGGGUCAGCAGACUAUCGUGCCCCUGACUACUUCUCCAACGAUACCCAGUCAAGUGCGCGUUGGAUGUGGUAUCGCAAGAUGACUGAAGGUCAGAACACGAUGCUUGUCAACAAAGCGAAUCAGAAAGUCGAUGCUGCGCCGAAGCUGUUGAAACAGGCUUCAUCUGGGACUCGACAGGGGUCUAGCACUGUCUUCGAUGUUCCUGACGACUCGACAGCGUUUUGGUCUGCAGAUAUUACAUCUGCCUACUCUGACGUGACGUCUGCUAAACGUGGCGUUCGUAUGCUGAAUGGCAGGAAGCAGGUGCUUAUUCAGGACGAAAUCACAACGACGGCUGACAUCCAGUGGAGGAUGCACACCAAUGCAACUGUGACUGUAGACGGAAACUCAGCUACUCUGAACCGAGACGGAAAGACGAUGAUCAUGCAAAUUCUCAGUCCCCCAGAGGCGAAAUUCACGACAACAACACCGGCGGCUAGGUUCCCGACCGACCCUACUCCUCCUGUUCCUGACCAGGAGAACCCACAAAUCACGGUUGUUAUUAUUGAACUCGGGGCCGGAACACAGAACAUACAAGUGGUAUUUACUCCUCAGUGGGAAGGGAACGUGAAAUUUACGACGCCCCCUUCUGUGGAUUUGGACAACUGGUCGUUGGAAAGCCAUAAGUAG